ACAUGGCCGCAGCCGAUUGGCUGCCCAGGAGUAGGAACUGUCCGGCGCUCGGUUCUGAGUUUCAGUCUCCCGAGAUGUCGCCAAUGGCUGCCUUGUCCUACUGUGGGGUGUCCGUCCUUCUCCUCCUCAUGGGGGCGCCCUCAGGCCGGGCCCACAUCCCCCCACACAACGAGACGGCCCGGGUGGCGCGCUUCGUGGCCCACCACUGUGACUGGGGCGCCCUGGCCACCAUCUCCAGCCACGAGCCCGUCAGGGGCCAACCCUUCGCCAACGUCUUCUCCAUCAGCGACGGCGCCCGGGGCCACGGCAGCGGAGUCCCCUACUUCUACCUCACCACCAUGGAGAUCUCCGUCCAGGACCUGCAGGAGAAUGCAAACGCCUCGCUGACCAUGUCUCUGGCCCAGACUCGUUAUUGCAGAGAGAAGCACUACGAUCCGCAAAGUCCGCUCUGUGCUCAUAUUAUACUCUCAGGAAACAUGGAGAAGGUGGACGGGAAGGAAAAUGCCACAGCGAAGCACGCUUUGUUCAGCCGCCACCCAGAGAUGAUCAAAUGGCCCCAUGACCACAACUGGUUCUUUGCCAAACUCAACAUCACCAACAUCUGGGUGUUGGACUACUUUGGUGGAAUUAAAACAGUGACACCGGACGAGUACUACAAGGCCAAACCGUGGUUUGGCUCUCUGAACAUUGAGGAUUAAUUUCCAGCCAUUGAAGAAUACCGACGUGCCUUGUAUUUUUUUCUGUUUUAUACUCUCUACGCUUCUGUCUUAUGGUCUCAUUUUGUUAACUUGAAUGUAAAGAGAAUUACCUUUUAACAUUAAUAAGGGUUAAGAUGG